AUGUCCACCGACAUGGCCGCUUCUGCGCUCCACAGCCACGGACACGAUGCUCUUGCCUCGACUUCGCAUUCUUCCCACAGCUUGCCACCGUACCUAGCAUCGACGACGAGCAAACCUGCCGACCUGCCACGCGCCUACCUCAAUGGGACACAGGAUAUGCUGAGUCUCUUUGGACUCAUGCCAAUCUACGAUAGAGCUGUACGUCCAUAUAACCCCGACAGCAUCAAAGCCGAGGACGAAGCAGCAUCCACUUCUGUCAACGUGGCUGCAGGAAAGAAAGUAGCGUCUGCGAUCGCCGCAGAGGGCAAUUCGGCUGCUGGUCAAGCCGCCAACACCGGAAGCGCUACGAUAGGAGCAACAGCUACAGCAGGAUCAGCAACCCAGGGCGCAACACCUUCGACGAGCCAACCCGAUUUAGCCCAGGCGAAUGCGACGUUUCGACCCAGCGCAGCCAGUGGAGCGGCUGGCGCUGCUACAACUGGUCUAGCAAGCCACCCUUCUCACGGCGCUUCGAGCACCGGAGGACGCAUCUCGACUCCUGCACUUCAACUCAAUGGCGGACCACCGAUGUUUCCGCUGCAUACGGAUUCUUCCGCCAUCCUCGCCGCUUCACCCGGCCAACUCGCUGCGGCGGCCUCGGCGGCUCCACCAGCACGCAAACCAUCCAAGCCACCCGGAACAUAUGCGCACUAUGUCGAUGAUCUUGCCGGUCGUGUGCGUCCACCGCGCAAAAGUGCACGUGCGGCCAAAGAGGCCAAAGGAACCACGUUGGUCUCGAUCCUGUUCAAGCCUGAAUAUACACCGCAGAGAAUCGUUCCGUUCGAUAGGGAAACCAUGAAGGCGGCGUUCAGUGUAGAGCCGGGCGUGGUCGACGAGAUCGAUCAAAGUCUAUUGGAACCAGAUGAGGAGGAGACGCUCAAGCCAAAGAAGAAGAAGAAGAAGCUCAAGCACGAACAGCAACAGCAACAGCAACAGCAGGUGACGAUGAGAGGUGGCGUCCAGGCCAGAUCGGGUCCUUCGUCGGAUGCUAGGACACCCAUUCGGAGGUGA